AUGUCUACGCCAAAAUCUGUUGAAUGUGUCAACGAAGAAGAAAAGUUGAUUUCUGAAAAUAAGAACUCUAGCAAAAUUAUUGGAAAUGAAACUCAAGUCAGCCAACAACCAUUGAUUAGCUUAGAUGACGAGUUAACAAUGUUGAAUUCUAGAUUGACACAAUGGUGUUUCUUGAAUGCUAAAGCUGACCACGCGUUUGAGUGUCAAAAACGAUCUGCGGAGACACAAUUAUUGGAUGCAUGGAAAUUACUUGUCAAGAAACAAGACGAAUUGUCAAAUGCCUUAAGAAAAUUCACUCUGGAAGAUGAUAUUUCAAGGCUUGAUACAACUUUGUCUUUUCAGGCGAAUCUGAUAUUACAAAUCAGCAAACAUUUGGAACAUUUCAAGACACGUUAUGCCACAUUUGCAUCAUCUUUGGCAAGUACUGCAACUGCAAUGCCAAUUUCUAAUAUAUUGACAGAAAAAUUAGAUCAAUUAUCAGAGGAGAUCGAUAUCUGUUCUAAUGCUACUGCUGACCUAUUGAAAAAAUGGGAAGAAACAUCACUGGUAGGAGAUUCAUCUAUUGAUGAAGAGGUUCAAGAGUUGAAUGAAUGUAAUACACUUUUACGUGAAAUUUCAGAUGCAGAAAUAGUUGAAACUAGUUUAAGGAUAGAAAAGAUUGAAAACAUGAGUAAUUCUGAUGCAAAAUGGACCAAAAUUUAA